CUCUUCUCCUCGGCUCCUCCCGCAGGCUGCAGCCGGGGAAGCGUCCAGGAGUCGGGACAUACGGACCGGACAGUCAGCCGGAGGUCCAACCGCCGGAGCUGCAGGCCGAUACCGCACCGAGCCGACAUGGAGCACCGGGAGCCGGGACAGUGAGCCGGAGCUCCGGGGUGAGUUAAUCCACAACUCGGAGGAUAAAUCAACAACAAACCGACUAAACUAACUUGUUAGCUUGUCUGCUAACGGACCCUGCCUUUGCUCAGCGCUCCGGACACUAACUGGCUUUAAACUGUUUAGUUUAGUUUAAGGUUUAAAGUUUGUAACGUUGCGGAGCUGCGAUGGAUCAACAGGAGCAGGACAGAUAGCAGCAAGCCGUGGAUGAGUGGUGCAAACCGGGAGAGAUAGCUUCCUGUGGUCGGUAACGUUAAAACCGACUGACGGUGAACCGGAGACACACCUCCCCCCCCCCCUCAGUGAUGUCAUGGCGUCCCGGCUGUUGGACCGUUUGAAGCGCUCGCUGUUUAAAGAUGGUCAGGGGGCGGGACCUGAACAGGAAGUCAGUGGCGGACAGGAAGAGGAGGAGGAGGUGAUCGAGGACCGCUGGGAGGCGGAGCUGGAGGAGGAGGAGGAGUGUGUGACGGACAGGCUCGGGGGAACGCUGUGCUUCGACAGCACAGGAGGAGGAGCAGGAGGAGGAGGAGGAGCAGGAGGAGCAGAGGAUGGAGCGGAGGGAGACGGGUCGGGGAUGGACAGCGACUCUGACUUCCUGGGAGAGUCGAUGGAGGAGGGGCUCAGCAGCACCGACACCAGUCCAGUGGGCCCGUCCCCGGUCGGCCCGUCCUCGUCCUCUCUGCUGACUCGGCAGCUUCAGGACAGCUGGAGGAGCCUGCGUGCGCUCGGUGGAGGAAGUCCCGCCCCCGCUGGUCGGCGGCUGACGGACAGUUUGAUGUUCGAGGUGACGGACGCCAGCGUGGUGCAGGACGGCUCCUCCAAAUACGUGCUCUACACCGUCCAUGUGAUCCAAUCCGGCGGCAGCGACAAGACUCCCGCCAUCAUCACCCGCCGAUACUCCGACUUCCAGCGCCUCCACGCCACACUGCGCCGUAACCACGGAGACCAGAUGGAGCGCGUCUGUUUCCCACGAAAGAAGCUGCGUCGGAACUUCACGGCCGAGACGAUCGCCAAGCGGAGCCGAGCGUUCGAGCAGUACCUGUCUCACCUGUGCUCUCUGUCGGGCCUGCGGGGGGCGCUGUGCGUCCGACACUUCUUCUACCUGAGCGACCUGCAGACGGGUCGGCUGCUCAUCAGGGUGGGACGCUACCAGGAGGCUUUGGGUCCGCUGCUCAACGCCAAGAGACUGCAACACAAACUGGGCUGGGCGUGUUACUAUGGCGACCAGGCUCAGACCCCGCCCCUGGCCUCCUCCCAUUGGUUCUUCACUCUGGUGGGGCUGUCGUGCUGUUUCCAGGAGGUGGAUCAGCUGGAGGAGGCUCGGGACCACUGCGACCUCGCCCUGCGCGUCCUGACCCCCCCCUCGCCGCCAGAGACUGACAGCGGCACGGACGACCAGCCCCCCCCGUCUGACCCCGUCCCCCCGUCCGACACGCCGCACCCCCUCCUGCUGCCGCUGCUGCGGGCGACGGUCCGGCUGGCGUGGCAGACGGGCAAAGACAAGCGGCAGUGGGAAGGACUGCUGCAGCAGCUGGAGGAGCAGAGGGGGGGGCUCGAUAACCAGCCCACCUUAAAAGAGUUCCUGGUUAAACACAACCUGCAGGAGGAGGGGGGGGACGCAUAGACACACACACACACACACACAUGCAUGCACACGCACACGCUGCAGAGUACAAUCACUCACACACACUCAGAGAAUACAGCUGAAAUAUUUAGAGAGAAAAAAUCAGUCAGAAAAGAAAAAGUCUAAAUAUUUCACAGUAAAGUCAACAUUUCAUUAUAAAGUAAAAUCUGAAUUACAGUUUACAGAAUUAUUAUAAAAACUCAAUGAUUAUUUCAAGAUUAAAGUUUUAACAUUUCAGUUAAAGUUUCACAGAAGGGAAAAAAAUCAACUGUAAUAUUUGUAGAAAAAACAUUUCAAGAAAAAGUGUCAAAUAUUUAUAAAUAUUAAUAAUAUUUCAGACCAAGUUUUUUCAGUUUUAUGAGAAGUCAGAAUAUCACAAUAAAAGUUGUAAUAUUUCACAUUAAGUCAGUAUUUAACAUAAAGUAAUAUUACAGAA